AUGACGUUCAAUCAGUUUAUGCACCCGCGCAAUCUGUACCGUCGAAAGCCCGACUACGGAGAGCUGGGCAAGGCGUACCCAGAGUUUGGCGCCGUCCUCCUGCACGAUGAAGCCGGUAGGCGACCGACGAUAAACUACGCCGAUCCGAAGGCACUUCGCGCCCUGACCACUACUUUGCUGAAGAAUGACUUUGGCCUGACGGUGACCAUACCUGAAGAUCGCCUGGUGCCGACGUUGCCGAUGCGACUCAACUACCUCCUCUGGGUGGAGGAUUUGCUGCAAACGGUGCCCAACUGCGGUGAUGAGGAGAUCAUCACUGGAAUUGACAUUGGCACCGGGUGCUGUGCCGUCUUUCCCCUGCUCGGCGUCACAUUAAAUAAGCGAUGGAGCUUUGUCGCAACGGACAUUGAUGAAAAGAAUUUGUCCUUUUCCAAGCAGAACAUUGACGCGAAUGGGUUAUCUGAUCGAAUAAAAUUGCUCCCUGGUUCAAAAGAUAGCAUGUUUUCUCAUCUGUUGCGUGAUUCGUUAAAAGACCAGAAAGUGCACUUUAUCAUGACCAAUCCGCCGUUCUUCUCUGACGAGUACAAUGACUCAUUUGAAGCGGACCACAAGAAAGAUUCCAACUCAAACUUUCACUCUCGCAAAGUGUGCUCUUCAAGUGCAAAUGAAGCCGUCGUAGAGGGCGGAGAAUUUGCCUUUGUGAAGCAAAUCAUCGAUGAGAGCUUAGAGGUGAAAGACCGAAUCAGCAUCUACACUGUCAUGUUCGGUCGACGGAAGAGUUUUCUCGACGUCAAGCAGAUGCUAAAGGAGUACCAAGACCAAAGUGUGAUUGCCUCCUUUGCCAAAACUGAACUGUGCCAAGGUAACACCAAGAGGUGGGCGCUUGCUUGGACC